AUGCCGCUGGAAGAGGAGAGAUGCUCGGGCGGAGGAGAGUGCCCGCUGUCGCUUGUGGAAAAGGUUACUGAAAAUGUCAGCCCCUCCGGGGACAGGGUCCGGGGCUUUCGGGAGCGUUUCCCACCGUGCCACCCGGGAGCUUUGGUGGAGGAAGGUUCUCAAGCUCAGGACGAUAUGGCGGGGGGUGCUUGGGAGAGUGUGCAGGUUGGAUCCUCACUUAAAUUACUGAUAAGCGAUGAAAGCGCCCGAGAGUCCCGAAAAUUACGUCGGACCGACAGAGAUGUUCACCCACUUUCCACUCUCAGACCGUUUUACACAAUGAGUGACAGGCUUUUGAACAACUUAGACAAACUUCUGCUCGAGUUUGUUUUCCAGCUAGAACAAACUUCUUAUGCUAAAGAACGCGUGAAUCAACGGAUAAAUUCGUGUACUGCAAAAAUCACAGAAAAGAAGAAUGAAAUCGCUAGGUUGCAGGAAAAUAUAAAUAACUGCAAUGAUGCAAUUGCUGAUUUGCACAAGCAAAACGAGAGUAGUAAGGAAAGCUGUAAAGUCUGGAAGCCCACCUAUGUAAUUCUUAGCAAGCACGAAGAAUAUUUGAAAAAUGAACUUGAAGCUUUGCAAGAAGCUACAGAAAAUGAGAGGAAAAUGUAUCAGGAUUACAUAACCCAGUAUAAAGAGAUACUGAAGCAACACCGUGAAAAAUAUACAGGAACUGCUCUUGCACAGGAGUAUUACAAAAAAAAGAAAGAACUUGAAGAAAUCCAAAACAGAGUUUUGAAACGGUCUGAAAAAUAUAAGUUGAAAGAAGAUGCUUGCUUGGAUAUUCUAGACCCUGUUCCUUUUAAAUCCCUAAAUGAUUGGGCUUUACAGAUUGCUUCUUCGAGGCACAAAACACAGGAAAUGUUAAAGCUUGCUGCAGUUGCUGUGCAAGAAUCCAUUGAACUAGAAAAAGAAGCAGAGGAAUUAGAAAUGAAAAUCAAUUAUUUAAAAAAGACAUUUGAAGAGACUACAGAAGAUCAAAAUAAUUCCAAAAUGAUUGAAGGGAAAAAUCAGAAAAGUCUAGAGAAGCCAAAGGAGUUUAAAGAAAGGAUAUUUGAAGAGAGUGAACGGAAUGAUCCGUCUUUGCUAAAUGAGAAACAUCAACUGUACAAACCACUACAUGUCCCAUGCAUUCCUCGUAAAUUAGUACACUCUGUACAGAGUAUUAGAUUCCCAAUGCAACGGACAGAAACAGGGAGAGAAGACAAAGAAAGACCUAUGGAACUUUCAGUGGCCACUAGCAGUUCCUCCAGCCUUGCAGAAAAUUCAUCACAGAUAGUUAUUGAUGCUGCAGGGACUAAUAACCCACAAAUUGCCCAAGUUCCAUCAAUAGCAAGUUUACAAAACCAAAUGCAAUGCAGAUUGGUAAUUCCUCCAAAGCAGAUGAGUUCUAAUCAACAGUUUGAGAGUGAAAAUGCAGUAAUAGCAAACCAAGAGGCCAAAUGUGGUGGUAAAGAAGGAGAAGAUGAGCCAAAGGAUUCCUCGUAUAUACCUCAAGACAUACAGACAUGUUUUAAGUCAAAUGAAGAUAAUCCUGACACAGCAGAAGAAAGUGCAGAACGUUUUUUAAAAGCACCUGAAACACCUGAGUUUGUAGGAACACCUGACUCAAAGGGGAAGAAACCCCAGUUCUCUAAAACACCUCCAUUUGACUUCAUUCACAAUUUAGGUUGUGAAGAAGGAACAUCAAAAUCUCCUGCUUUCUUUUCUUUCAUGAACUUCUCACAGAAGUCACCUGGCUUUAAUUUAUUUGAUUCUUCUGUGUUUGGGGCAGAAAAUUCAUCUGAUGAGGCAGAGGAAAGUUAUUCUGUGGGAAAUUUGAACCCUCUGUCCCCACACAAAGAUAUUGGAAGCUUGUUUGGGAAAUCAGAAAGUGAGGAUGCAUUUGCCUUUCCUUUUCCUUCGGAGUCGACUUCUCAUGCAUUUGGAGAUGGAAAAGAUGACUUCAGUUUUCCAUUUGCAUUUGGACAGGAUCAGAGAUCAUCACAGUCUCCUUCUAUGAAAGGUUUUCAUUCUUCUUUACAAAAUACAAAGCCAUUUACGUUCUUUUGA